CGCUCUCGCCCGCCUCCGCACAGCUCCUUCGGAGGCCCAAAGGGCGUGACCGCCGCGCCGCUGGAUUUCUAGCCUCCUCCUCCACGCCAUUGGAGCCUCACGCGACUGCCCGUCCCGUUCCUCCCCCCACCUCGGCCGGCGGCUCGUUUCUUGAACCGCGCGAUCAGAUCUUUCUAUAGAGCCGGCGCCGGGAUGGCCAAACUGAUGGGCGGCGCUGCUGGCUUCCAGCAGGGGGCGAUGCAUGCGCAGAGAGCACGCAUGCACCCGUCUGGCCUGCCUCCUCUGUCCUUCAGAACGUGCGCCCAGCUUGAGAUCUCCAGAUUCUGCAGUAUCCCCCGUUUCGUGGGCGCGAAGGCCGUCAGUGUUCCCCAGCAGCAGCAUGCGCGGCACAGGGUCGGCUCCAUCAGAGCAUCUGCCCUCUCACGCUUGCAAGAUGAUACCACGAGAUAUUUUGAUUUUGUGGUCAUCGGCAGCGGGGUUGCUGGCCUCAGGUACGCUCUGGAAGUUUCCAAGCACGGCUCUGUGGCUAUCAUUACCAAAGCAGAGCCUCAUGAGAGCAACACCAACUACGCACAAGGAGGUGUCAGUGCCGUUCUAUGCCCCUCGGAUUCCGUGGAAAGCCAUAUGCAAGAUACGAUUGUUGCUGGGGCUUAUCUCUGUGAUGAAGAGACCGUCAGAGUAAGUCCAGCAUCUGUCAUGAGCGCAAUGAUUGUAUGCACAGAAGGUCCAGAGCGUGUCAAAGAGCUAAUAGCCAUGGGUGCUUCAUUUGACCAUGGCGAAGAUGGCAGGCUGCACCUUGCAAGGGAAGGUGGACAUUCUCAUAACAGAAUAGUGCACUCCGCUGAUAUGACAGGAAGAGAGAUCGAAAGAGCACUGCUUCAGGCGGUUGAAAAUGAUGAAAACAUUUCUUUGUUUGGCCAUCACUAUGCAAUUGAUCUGUUGACCUGUCAGAACAAUGGCGAAAUAUAUUGUUAUGGAGUGGAUUCAUUGGACACCAAAGCUCAAAAGGUAGUCCGUUUCAUCUCAAAAGUAACAUUGCUUGCAUCUGGAGGAGCUGGCCAUAUAUAUCCCACAACAACCAAUCCACCGGUGGCUACUGGGGAUGGAAUCGCAAUGUGUCAUCGCGCUCAAGCUGUGAUAUCCAAUAUGGAGUUUGUGCAGUUCCAUCCAACUGCACUAGCAGACGAAGGCCUCCCAGUAAAACCAGCUAAAACAAGAGAUAAUGCAUUUCUUGUAACAGAAGCAGUCAGAGGAGAUGGAGGAAUUCUCUAUAAUCAAUCCAUGGAGAGAUUUAUGCCUUUAUAUGAUGACCGUGCAGAGUUGGCGCCGAGAGACGUGGUCGCAAGAAGCAUAGAUGAUCAACUGAAGAAGCGUGGAGAGAAGUAUGUCCUUCUGGACAUCAGCCACAAGCCAAGAGAGAAAAUUCUUGCUCAUUUUCCCAACAUUGCAGCUGAAUGCCUGCGGCAUGGUCUGGACAUCACACGGCAGCCCAUACCUGUCGUUCCAGCAGCUCAUUACAUGUGCGGUGGUGUUCGGGCUGGCUUACAGGGGGAGACAAGUGUGAAAGGCUUAUAUGUUGCUGGUGAGGUUGCUUGCACUGGAUUGCAUGGGGCUAAUCGUCUAGCAAGCAACUCAUUGCUGGAAGCAUUGGUAUUUGCUCAGAGAGCAGUGCAGCCCUCUAUCGAUCACAUGGUCGAUGUGGAUGCUGACCCUUGCCUCGCGGCGAAAUGGGCUCGUCCUGUGCUCCCUAUCUCUAUUAGGGACAGUUCACUCUCUGACAUCAUUGAUAGGACAAGGAAGACCAGGAUGGAGCUGCAAUCCAUAAUGUGGGAGUAUGUUGGUAUAGUGCGGUCAACGAACCGGCUGAAGAAUGCGGAAUGGAAGAUUGGUGAUUUGGAGUCAGAGUGGGAGCAAUUUUUAUUCAGGAGGGGCUGGAAGCCCACCACGGUGGGGAUCGAGGCCUGCGAAAUGAGGAACCUCUUUUGUUGUGCAAAGCUGGUAGUGAAGAGCGCGCUCGCGAGGCGGGAGAGCCGUGGCCUGCACUUCACAGAGGACUUCCCAUACCUAGAGGAGAGCAAGAGGAAGCCUACAGUGAUCUUCCCUACUACUAUACAAGAGCUGACAUGGAGUUCAAAGCCAUUGCAGAGACAGCUGCAGUGCAAAUAGUUGCCUAAGACUCAGACCAUCUGAGUUGCGAGCUCGAAGAUUCAUUAAUUGAUUACAAUGACUAAACUAUGCUAGAGUAGCCUUUUAAUCUGGCAGUAUACUCCAAGCUGGAGUUGUGAUAGAUUCUUCAGUUAUAACUAGGCUGAAGUAGCCUGUUGUAUCAGCAUAUUUUCUUAUAUUAUCUACCAUUCCCAUCAGCUUCAGGUGUUGUAACUCAUAAGCUGUGAGUGGGAUCGUGAAAGUUGUUCUGAUACUCGUGUAGUAUAGGGCUGCAGAUGAUUGUACACACUGAUUCGAUUUAAAUGGCUAUACUUCCAUCAAACUAGAUGACAUCAAUCUUUGUGAUCAGCAUAUAUAGAUUCUCGUUUUGAUAA